AUGCCCGGAAUCCUGCCUAUGAAGGUGAUCAAGGUGGGUAACAGCACCCAGAGCCGCAUCGCCCAAGCCUGUGAUCGCUGUCGAAGCAAGAAAAUUCGCUGCGAUGGCAUCCGCCCGUGCUGCAGUCAGUGUUCCAGCGUGGGAUUCGAGUGCAAGACGAGCGACAAGCUCAGCCGUCGCGCUUUCCCUCGAGGAUAUACAGAGUCGCUGGAAGAACGGGUUCGAUCGCUGGAGUCUGAAGUGCGGGAGUUGAAGGAUCUGCUGGACGAGAAAGAUGAGAAGAUUGAAUUGCUGUCUCGCAUACACUCAUUUGCGUCGCCAUCGCAGAAGCCGCGCUCUCCCGGCCAUCCCGCUGGAGCAGCCGCAUCUGCAGAAAGAAAAAAGUCAGAGGUUUCCGACAACAAAGGUGUGAUUCAUGUUCAGCUUAGUUCAUCGCUGUCGACAAAAAGCUCAUCUGCCGCUACCCCGUUCUCUGGACCGUCGAGCGUGCGCGCUUUUUCAAAUUCGUUUAAAGCAAAGCUGUCAGAAAAUGGAUCAUCCGUUUCAACGAAAGCCUUGACGGCGUUCCCUGCCAAAAUAUAUCAUUCUCCAAAUCAGACCUCCGGACUACCACCGCGCUUGGAAUCGGAUCAAUUAAUCGGGAUCUACUUUCAAGAAUGGGCGCCGCUGUACCCAGUAGUGCACCGGCCUGCCAUUCUCAAAGCUUACGAUAUUUACGUGACCAAACCAAAGUCACUGCAAAGCCAGCCGCACGUAGUCACCCAGCUUAAUCUUAUAUUUGCCAUUGCUGCAGUUUCCUCAAAGUCGAGACCCACACAGAAUCCAGUUCUCUUCGAGCGAAACUGGUAUCCUGCACUCGAGUCGCUUGCUAGUGAUGUGUCUAUCUCAACUAUGCAGUGCCUAGUCUUGGCCCAGAUGUAUUGUUUGGCCAAAGGAGACUACCAGUCUUUGUCACGUUAUCGUGGCCUUGCCGUGGGCAUGGCGCACAUGCUUGGGCUACAUCAAAGCCAGGCGCGGUUUGCACUCGAUCCAUUGGCUACCGAGACCCGUAAGAAGGUUUUUUGGUGCCAAUAUGUUCUGGAUCGAUUUACCGCUGCCGCAACUGGUCUGCCUGUGAUGCUCCGCGAGAAUGAUAUUUCCACGGAGCUUCCUGUGGAUGUCGAUGACGAGAAUGUCAAUGAAAACGGCUUCGUUCCGGCAGUUCCCGGAGAAUCGACUCGACUUUCUACUGCCCUAGCUUUAUUAGAGGCCUCUAAAAUCCUGGGGAAGGCUCUCGAUAUCCUAUAUCCGUCUCCGGUCAGCCACGAAAUUCCAGUGUCGAAACUGCGCGGUGUAUCAGAGGAUUUGGAUGCAUGGCAAAGGAGUCUGCCACCUCACCUGAAAUUGGUAUUCUCCCAAGACAAGCCAAGCACCAAUGUCACGGGUAGUCGUUCGCCACUUUUGUCUUUGGUGUAUUACUACAUUCGGACAUUGAUUCAUCGACCUGCAGCCUGCUUCGGCAGCUCUACUAUCGCCAACCCGUCCAUACUAUCCAUUGCUGAUUCCAGUAAACACAUCAUUCAGAUUCUGGAAUUGCUAGAUGAAAGGUGCCUCUCGUUUUCGUUGUCUAUUAAUCGUUUGGAAGUCGCGUAUCUAUCAGGGCUCGGCCUUUUGUGGCAAAGUCUCGGCCUCAAGCAAGAUAGCAAGCUGGCAAAAGAGACUCAAAAGAUCCUCUUAACUGUGCGAAAACAAUUAGAGGCUGCAUCUGCGGCGGCUGGGUCCGAAUUCCGCGCCCUUACCAGCAUCAUUACUGGGUCCAACAGUAACAAACAGCUAUCCCCAGCGCCGAAGCCCGAGGCUCUGUCUCCAAAGAGGGCCUUGCAGUCUCUACAGUCUCGUAUCUCCUUGGGCCCCAAUUCGAAAAACACCAAACCCCAAACGGCAUCUAGAAGGAAUACAGUCACUGGAAACGGCGCAUUGACUGAUUCUCAACUAUCUGACACCAGCCAUCACGUUCGCAAUGUUUCUCACCAGGCUGGCUUUCAAAAUCUCCUAGCGAAACGUCGAACUGCAGACUUAUCGACUGAUACUAACCUUGAUUACUAUCCUGUGCAAAACGAAAGCAUCAGGGCGAUGUCAUGUACAGAUUUAUCUGCGGCGCCACUGUCUGCAGCCGACUGGGAAUUUAUCCUCAGUGACUUGGACCGUGGCCAGUCCAACAUUUUUAAUAGCAUCUACGGCGGCCAAGAGUGCGGUAGCGACACAAGCCCGUUUGACUCGGCGGCAUCGGGGUAUCUUGGCUAUAACGCGGCUUAUCCCGUCUCUAAUGGCGAGUCUGUUCCUGCUUCUCAAGAUCUAUCGCCAAAGACGUGGUCUCCCAGCAGCGGUGAUUUACCGCAUAUUUAUGACGCACCGCGGAGCGUGCAGAGCCGCUCCGAAGCUAGUUUCGGAAGCACAGAGGACCUCCCUACCACGGACAGCAUGGGCAUGCCAGUGGCCGGCGGCAUCAGCAUUGCUAAUCCACUGAAAGGGAUCAUGAUCCCCAGCGUUGAUGAUGACUUUAUCGAUCUCGGGUUUUUCGAUGGAUGGGAGCAACAGCUUAUGACCUCGUAA